AUGGAGAGGGGCAGGCUGCCGAGAUCUUUCGCAGUCCAGCUUCUAGUGGUUGGCGUAGUCGCGACACUGGCCCCUGCGGGUGUGCGCCUGCACUUGGCCUCUGCCAAACCCGAAGACCGAAGGCCCAUCGCUGAGGAAGAGGAAACCAUUGGCAACAUGCUGUGCAGAGCUGCGCGUGAGGCUUCCAAUCGUUCGGGUGGAACUGGAUCCAUGAGCUGUGCUGCGAUCAUGGGUGGGGCUUGUGGCUCUCUCUUGCUCAUUCCAGGUGCUCCUCGAGUGGAGGUUUCGGGAAUUGAGCUUGUCAGCUGGAAAGCUCCCUUCGCUGGAGCUGUGUGCGGCCUGUACUUUGUGCAGCUACCCGAAGGUGACAUUCUGGGAGAGAGAUGCAGGCGAGUAACCACGUGGCUGUGGCGGCAGUGGCUGCGAUGUCAGCGCACCAAAUCCGAAGAAAGCAUGGUGCACUUCGGCGUGUAG